AUGAAGGAUCAACGCACCGUUCUCGUGACUGGAGCUUCUGGGUUUGUAGCAACCCACAUCGUCGAUGCUUUUCUGAAGGCUGGCUACACCGUACGUGGUACAGUUCGAUCUCAAGCGACUGCUGAGAAAGUGCGCAAAACAUUCCCAGCGUUCAAUGAGAGGCUCAGCUUUGCCAUUGUGCCCGAUAUGACUGCUCCAAACUCUUUCGAUGAGGCAGUGCACGAUGUUAUCGGUGUGAUUCACACAGCAACUCCGUUCAAGCUCACCGUGGAUGAUAAUGAGCGUGAUUUGCUGCAACCAGCAAUCGAGGGCACAAUUGGUAUCCUUCGAUCUAUCCAGAAGUUUUCUCCGCAAGUAAAGAGAGUUGUCAUCACCUCAUCUUUUACGGCUAUCCGAGACCCGAACAAAGGCACUCGUCCGGGUUAUACAUAUAGCGAGGCAGACUGGAACCCAACUACAUAUGAAGAAGCCGCUAAGAAAGACGCUCCAGCUAGCUUUGCUUACGCCGCGGCCAAAACAUUAGCUGAGUGGAAGGCAUGGGAUUUUGUCAAGACACAAAGUCCGCUUUUCGACCUAGUUACAAUCUGUCCGCCCAUGGUAUAUGGGCCGAACAAAAAUGCCACGGCUGACCUCGCAAGACUCAACACGUCGUCACAGCAAAUAUACGGCUUGAUAAGCCCCAAAAGUAACACAAGCGAUCCCAUGCCUCAGAAUUCCUCGUGGUCCUGGGUUGACGUUCGAGACGUCGCAUUGGCACACCUACGAGCCUUCCAGACUCCAGAGGCUGGUGGUCAUCGAUUCCUAGUUUGUGGUGGCAAUUUCAGUUUUCAACAAAUGGCAGAUAUUCUGCGCGAAAAAGUCCCCGAAGUCAGGAAUCGUGUGCCAACUGGAAAUCCGGGAUCUGGAUUUGGGAAGGUCGAACUGUAUACUCCGGACUCUUCAAAAGCAGAGACGAUCCUGGGGAUUCAAUUCCGUGAUUUGGAAGAGACUGUUGUGGAUUCUGCUCGGUCACUUAUGAGAUUAGAAGACUGA